GUUCUCUUACGAGCAGCAUGUGAAGGCAGCAUACGUCAAUCAUCGGUCGCUUUUGGUCACCUGACCCAAAUUUGGAGUCACGUGACUGAUAUUCCAUCCUCGCCAUUUUGCAGUGUGGGAGAGAGAGGGGCUACUUUUUAUGGCUGUCGAAUAAAACAAAGCAGUUUUAUGUGUUGAGGACAAAGUGCGUCGAGCCUUUGCCUGUCAGUCAUGGAGAUAAGCAAUUUAGCUUUACUUAUCACACACUCUUCCACUGCCUCCUCUUCCUCCACCUCUUCAUCAGUGCAGGGAUCCCUUUCACAAAAUCAAACCCAGCAAACCAGAGAAGAGGAUGCCUUCCAGAGUCUUCAAAAGAAACAAACCUCUGAUUCUCUCAUUCAUGUCAUUGAGAAGCUCAGCAAAAUUGUGGAGAAGCGGCCCCAGCGCCGCUGCACCCUGGCAGGACAGAAACGAGCCCUCCAUCAGGCUUCCCCUGCAGGGAGAGGAGGAGAUGAGGAAGAGGCAAGGGGGAGCAGAGGAGGUUCUCCCCAUAAGAAAAUAAAGAGAAACUGUAAGGAGCAAGACAACACUGAGGAGGAGAGAUCCGAAGGCAGCUUAGCUGAUGGUGCUCUUUCUUCACAUGCUUCAGGCGACAGUAAUAACAAUAACAUCACCUCCAUGAUAACAGAGGUAGCCAGCAACCCCUAUAGCACUGACAGCAAGCGGACAGUCACAUGCUAUCAGUGCAGCCUGUGCCCCUAUCUCUCCCAAACGCUGCCCCUGCUGAAAGAGCACCUGAAAAAGCACAAUGAGCAGCACAGCGACCUUAUCCUCAUGUGCUCUGAGUGUCACUUCACCUCCAGAGACCAGGGGCAGCUGGAGGCACAUGUCAGGCUACACUUCAGCAAUAAGGGUAACCUGAGGAGGAAUUCAACUCCAUCUGAUAUCUACAGUGAGGGGAACGAAGAUGUUUUAGGAAAGCAGGAUGAGGACUGGACUGGGACUGAUGGCAGUAUGGGAACCAAGGUCAUCCAAAGCCCAGUGGAUGAGGUACCACAAAAAAAGAAAUGGUAUAGCUAUGAGGAGUAUGGAUUGUACCGCUGCCUUAUCUGCAGCUAUGUGUGCAGCCAGCAGCGAAUGCUCAAGACCCACGCCUGGAAGCACGCUGGGCUGGUCGACUGCUCCUACCCCAUCUUUGAGGAUGAAGAUGGUGCUUCCACAAGGAGAGAGGCCCAGGCUGCAGCUAACAUUGUCACAGCCAGAGAGGAACUAGUUGUUCUAUCCCCAGUUCUUCAAGAUAAAAGCCUGCAAAAGCUCCCCGCUGCCUUCAAGCUCCAGCUCUGUGUGCCAACAGUUGCUGUUGACAGUAAACAGAAUGUGUUGAGUCAUUCAGUUUCUAAUCUCAGUGAAAGUCUUAAAACUCAAGAGCAGGAAAGUGUGUAUCCUAUCAAAGACCUGACCUCUGAGGAGGCCAUGGUGGAGGUGCAGGUGAUGACGGAGGCAGAGACUGAGGUUGAGAUAGAUAGUCACCAUGAAAGCUCCUGUAUCAGAGACAGUUUAUUGUCAUCAGCUCAGAAGAUCAUUAACAGCACUCCCAACAGUGCCGGUCAUAUCAAUGUGAUUGUAGAACGCCUUCCUUCAGCUGAGGAUUCAGUCAUUGCCACUAACCCACUUCUUCUCAGCCCUGACAGGGACAAGGGCUUAUUGCAUGUAGAGGAGGAAGAGCAGGACCAUGUGGAAGCUAUGAAAGAGAAAGAGGUUGGCCUUGGUUGCAGUGCAGGUAGGACCGCUGACAGCCAGCCAUCAGGAGCUGAUGUUAAAUCCUCUGUAGCUUUCAGUAGCAGCUCUACAAGGGAUGAAAAUAUUCCACCAGCUGGUCGCAAGAGGACACAUUCUGAAUCUCUCCGUCUGCAUUCACUGGCUGCUGAGGCCUUGGUAGCUAUGCCUAUGAGGACUCCUGAACUCUCCACAUCCAGCGCCAAGGAAAGCCUGAAGACCACUGCAGCCCAGACACAGAACCAGUACAUGAACCAGAGCCAUGUAGAAGUGACUGUGGCUGGAGAGAAGCCCUCUGACACGGAGCCAGCAGCAGCUCUGUUGGACUUGGAGCUUCACAGCAAAGGCAGAGACGAAGAUUUGGGGUCACUGGGCCUGAGGGAGGAAGAUGAGGAGGGCCCUGCCACUAAAGCUGGCAUCAGCCUGUCACUGCUCACUGUCAUUGAAAGACUGAGAGAGCGCUCAGACCAGAAUGCCUCGGAUGAGGAUAUCUUAAGAGAGCUUCAGGAUAAUGUACAAAUCCAAAAUGGAGACAGUGUGGUGACGGAGAACGGAGCUGGGAGCUAUAUGUGUAGCAUCCCAGGGGUGGAUGGGUUGGUUGCCUCUCCUGAUGGUAGUCUAGUGGACUACAACCCUGGAAAUGAAAGGCCAUACCGGUGCCGACUGUGUCACUACAGCAGCAGCAAUAAGGGCUACAUUAAACAGCACCUGCGGGUACACAAACAAAGGCAGCCUUAUCAGUGUCCCAUCUGUGAGCACAUUGCCUUGGACAGUAAGGACCUGGAGAGCCAUAUGAUUCGCCACUGCAAGUCCAGGAUGUACCAGUGCAAGGAGUGCCAGGAUACCUUUCACUACAAGAGUCAGUUGAGAAUUCAUGAGCGAGAGCACCAUAGCUUCAGCAGUGAUAUGGCAGCCCUCACACCCGUCACUGAAACGCUUGCUGCAGUGGAGGAAGCAGAGCACAUAACAGAUGGAGACUGUGGUAUACAGAAGAUGUAUAAGUGUGAUGUGUGCGACUACACCAGCUCUACAUAUGUCGGGGUGAGGAACCACCGGCGGAUUCAUAACUCUGACAAGCCUUAUCGGUGUUGUAGCUGUGACUUUGCCACCACUAAUAUGAACAGUUUAAAGAGCCACAUGAGGAGGCACCCUCAGGAGCACCAGGCCGUGCAGCUGCUGGAGCAGUACAGGUGCUCUCUGUGUGGCUAUGUGUGCAGUCAUCCUCCAUCACUUAAAUCCCACAUGUGGAAGCACGCGGGAGACCAGAACUACAACUACGAAUUGGUCAACAAAGCCAUUAAUGAGGCAAUCUCCCAGAGCAGCCGAGCUCCACAGAAGUCUGUGGCAGAGCACCCUGUGACGGCCCAGUCUGCAAAGGACAAAGUAAAGGGCCCUGUGAAACCUCUACCAGGGCCCACGUUAACUAUAACAGCAGCGGCUGGCCUGACUGUGGACUGCUCAGAGGGUGUCCCCAUACCCAUGCCAGACUAUUCACAGUGGCCCAAUGCAUCUCUGAGCCCCCAGGGGAAGGACCCUGCACAGCUCCAGUCUCAGCCACACGUAGGUCAGGCCCCUGUCCCAGGCCAUGGCAUGGAAUACUGUAUGCUUUUAUUCUGUUGCUGUAUCUGUGGCUUUGAGUCCACCAGUAAAGAGCGGCUGAUGGAGCAUAUGAAAGAGCAUGAGGGAGACAUCAUCAGCAUCAUCCUCAACAAGGAGCAGCAACAAGCAGAAGUACAACCAGGCCUCCAAACAGCAGAGUGACACCUGCACUUCCUCCCUCUUUCUUUUAACGCUGACCCUGUGCUCCUGCAGUGAUCUGCUGCCCACUUAAGUAUUUCAUCAUGUUUCUUUACCUCAGGCUGUUUGUGGUGGAUAUCAAGGUAUAACCAUUUCAUAUACACUGUACAAUAGUACAGUAGUUAAUUGUCUUUUCACAGAAUGUUCUGGUUAGGUCUGCUGUGGUGUCAAAGGUUACAGCGGCCUGACAUGGACACCUUGAGUAGGUGUCGAGAAAAAUGAUGAAAUGGUUUUCUGAGUGGCAUAUCCUUUAAUGGGAAUGCGGAAAGAAAACGGAACCGUGUAAUAAGCCGUUAACGUUUGUGUCAAAUGCUUUGACAUCAAAGAGACAAAAUGUGUCAGUAGGAAAGUGAUUUGAUUUCAAAGGACUAGCAUGAGCUCUGACCCAAGUUUGAUGUUUUUCACUAUACAGAGACAAGUUCAUACCUCACUAAACCACACAAUCUAAAGAAAAAAAGAUUCAAAUAUUUUCCAGUCUAAUUCAUAUAUUGACUAUAAGGCAGCUCUUUUAUUGCUACUGUUAAUAUCUAAUGUAUUUAGCCUUAUUAAGGAGGUACAUGUGCAAACUCAUCAAUGCCUAAGGCAUGGAUCACAUCUUAAAUAUGGUUUAAUAGUUCAGUUUAUUUUUAUGCAUGUUAUUUUCUGUUAUGCCAAUUUAAGAGAGUCAGUUUUUCACUAAUAUUUGCAAUGUUUUAGUUUGUGUCUACAUGUGACUACAUUUUUACCUGGAGCAUUUUGUAAACUAGUAUCUUCAGACCAGACAGGGCUAGUUCUCAAAGGAGGAGUGGAGGUUGACCAGAGCAAAGUAGAACGUGAUCUUUGGUGGUUAUAUUCAGCUGGUGACAGAGGUGUUGGCUUGGGGCACGUUGGCAAAAAGAGUGAUCAGAAGGGAAAUUAGAAUAGUUACAGCUGUUAUUUUACUUAGUGGAAUGGUGCCUGGACAUGUGUUGCACUGAAUCAGACACACCUGGUUGCACUUGGUGCUAGGCUCACUUUAAUAGUUGUCAGUGACAUUAUAGUCCAUAUGUUGGAGGGGGUAAACAUCCCCUGUGAUUUAAGUUGUGUAUAUAUUUUUUUGUAAUACCUUUUACUUUUUUGUUGGCCAUAGUUUUUAAAAUACUAAUUUUCUAGUGUCAUACAAUUCACAGUGAGACUUGGAAGUAAAAUGACAGGAAAAAGUAAAGUCUGGAAGGUGACAUGGUUUUUAGCUUUUUGGCAUAGUCAUCCCACGCUAGGGAGUGUAUACUGUGACAGAUUGUAUUGCAUUGUGGAGGAAGAGUGAAUGGCAGCAACCUUUUCUUUGUUUUCUUUGUUGAGAGGAUAAAAAUUUAACCCUACUGUCUCACAUGAUGCUUACAGUAGACAGGAAACACCUGGAAGAAUGUAAGGGAAAGGAGUACUGGUACAAAUCUACCUAGACACCUGGAUGCAUGUUAGGAACAACCAAAAUAUAUCUUGUACUUCUGUCAAACUUAACUAUGCUGUUCAUUCUGGGGACAAAUAAAAAAAAAUGCUGAUGGAUUCAUGUUGGUAACUGGAGAGCCUUACAGGAGAACAGUCCUGUUUCUACACCAGUUUUGCCCAAAAACCCUUUGAGAUCUACAUAAGAACAUUUUAAUAAACAGAAAAUGAAACAAAGAUUGAUGAGGAUCAGUCUUUUAAACCUCCUUUAAAACCAAGGCCUCAGUAUGAUGCAGGCCCACACUGUGUCACAUUAGUUCAUUAGUAUGCCAUCCUGUCCUUACAUCCACACAGACAGAGGCUGAGUAAAUUAAGACAGAAUAGGAUAUUCAUAAUUCAUGUCCUGCACGCCUCACAUAACAGCUUGAAAUGUGUGUGUGUGUGGAUGGCCUAGCACAUAAAACAAAAUUAAAUCUCUAUCUGAAAGACCUGUUACCUGGCCUGGAAUUCUCAUUAUCACAGCAGGUAAUUAUUGUCUGGCUUUUAAUUUACAAUUGUGCAUGGCAGAAUUACGAAAGAUAGACAUGUCUUAAGAAAAAACAACAAAAGAACGAUGAAAUGGCAUGCAUUUAAAUGAGCAGUGAGAAUUAAAGACUGCACCACACAGAUACUGUACAACCAACCUCUCUGCCCUCUGUUAUAUCGAGAUUUACUCUUUAAUUGGGCAGCUCGUAAUUUUUCUGCUCCAAAAAUGAAUAUGGAUAUAUGCACAGAUAAACAACAAACCUAUCAUUCCAAUGGGCUAAUUGGGUUCAUUACUGCAUAGGGCUUUUACUUUUUAUUAUUUUUAAAAAAUUUACAAAUUUGUAUUAAUAAUGUUAAAAAAUAGGCUGUGGUCAAGGAACACGUCAGGUGCUCUCAGCAAGGCUUAAACAAAAUCAAAGAUCCCUCAGUAUUUAAUUUGGCUUUGGCUUAAAAACAGACAUUUCGACAUAGCUGCCUUCUUCAAAUGACUAAAGUCAGCUGUAUCAUUGGCCCUGUAUUAAUUCGAUCUACCUCCACUUGUGUGGCAUGUUGUUAUUGUUAUAUGGCUGUAGCAUUUUGCCAAGUCAGCGAACAGCCUUUCCUCUCUGUACUGUUUUCAUCUAUGUGCUGUUGAAUCUAAAAUGCUUCUCAGAUGGUUUGGUGUCAGCUCACUGGUUUUCUUCAUAGAGCGUUAUAGAAAACAAUACUAGUCUAGCCAGUGAGACAAAGUUCUUUGGAAGUAAAAACAAAUGAUCCUUUGUAAACAGGCCUCAGUUUGUAGUCUAAAUUCCUAUUUCAACUGUAGGUGUGAAAGCACAGUUUUCCUCUGCAAUCAGAGGUGGUAAGUCAUCUUUUGGGUGCACUCCCUUAUGAUUUACAAAUAAUGUGGCUUUGAUAAUCCAGCUAAAUUGUUAGUAUAUAACAUUGCAUUUCUCUGUUAAAUGCAGUGAGUACUGCAUUUGUUGAGUGUUUUCAUUGUACUUUGUUGUGGCUAUUUCCCCAUGUUCAUAUGUCUUUAUAAUUAAAAUUGGCAGUAUAUUUUCGUUAGUCAAAUCCAUGUAAACAUCAAAAGCAUCAAUGCAUUAGGCAGUCUGUCAGUAGUUUCCAGCUUCCCUACCCUGUCUAUACUAACAGGCCAAAACACAUUUGUUACUACUGAACACGAGUCUGUCAUAAAUAUAUUUUAACUUUUAUUUAUUCGGGGCAGCUUCACUGAGGAGGUUCUGUUUUUCAGGAAUACCCUGAUUACAUUCACACCUGGAGGCUGCCCAGUGCAACCCCUGUCUGACCUUAAUAAGAGUUGGGCACUACAGAUUUUGCAAAUGUUACUCAAAUAGACAGUGAGUACUGCAUUUGUUGAGUGUUUUCAGUCCUGCACAUGUAGUAUGCUAUUGAGAAUUCUCGCAGGGUGUAAGUGUGUAUGUGGGAGGUCACCUGCAGUGCAUCAUUAUGGUAAUAUAGAGAUUUUGGAUAGACAGACCGUACUUGUCAGUAGGAUCUGAUAAAUAUUGAUCUUCGUCUUUUCAUGAGUGUUGCUGGAAAUGAGAAAAAUGUAAUUAGCUCCACUCUUAUAUUUAAAUUUUGAUGUGAGCAUCAGUAUUAUAAUCAACCCAAGCUCUGCAGUGUGUGGAAAUAUACCAUUGACUACAAAAUACCUCAUGACAAUAUUUCAACUAAGACCAAAUCAUUUCAAUACUCUUUCAAGAAACGAAACAACUUUGAGUCAAAUUUUGUUGGAAUUACUGUAAAGCUGAGCUUAUAGCUGGGAAACCCUUUGGAUAAAUGCAUGUAGGUCAAGUAGGAUUUUGCAGGCACUGAUAUCAUCCCAUUUGGUGUCGCAAAUUGCUAAAAUAUGUUAACACAGGCAGCAGACCCUGCAUGUAAAAGCAAGAGUAUCCCUGUUCACUACAGUUAUAUUUCCCUCAGACCACAAUUACAGAACCUCUCUUGACCUCUGCCAAAACUUAAGUAUCCAAUUAUUAGAGAAAUGUUUUAUUGUAUUAGUAAGAAAUAUUGAACUUGGUGCAAAAAUAUUGAUCACCUCAGUAGGGUUUCCAUAGAGGCAAAUUUACAUAUUCUUUUUAUUUAACAGUUUGGGUUGAUCUAGUAACAUAUACAAGCUAAGUAUAUAAAAUAAACCAUCUCAUCUUACAGCUGUUUCACCUAGUAAUGAGCCCAAACACUUGAUUCAGUAUUUUAUGUGUACAUACUGUAGAUAAACACUGCAGAACAUUAAAACUGACUUUAUUUUUUAAAAUAUUUUGUAAUGAUCUAGC